AUGAAAUCGUCCGACGACGACAAGCUGUACCGUGUCAGUCCUCGCAAACCGCAAAUUCCGACCGACUCUUGGAAGUGAGUAUUUUAUAGAACAAUAAAACUAAAUAAUUAUAACAAUACAAAUAAUACAAACGUUAUUACGUUACAACGGCCGAUGUGUUAGCCCCGUUCAAAAAACCUAAACUAUUCAUAUUGUGUGUAGGCAGACAUUAGGAUUCGUGGAGCUAUAAUACGCGUAAAUAUUGAAAUCGCAAAUGCCUUUAAAAACCGUAACGCCUUUAAAUUAUAAUGCGGACGAAAGCUUUUUAUAAUGCCAGUGUACAAUAAUUUGUCUAAUACAAAAAAUCAAACAACCGCCGGCAAGGGGUGGGUAGUAUUUUUUCGGUGAAUUUUUAUUUUUUCUUUCCGUAUGCCUACCCCUUUGGCUUAUCGGAUGUUGUCUCGUUAUAUGUAUAUAAAAAAAAAAAAAAAAUACAAUAAUGCAAUAUUGUAGUUAAUCGAAAUAAUAUAGUAUAAUUAUUAUGUGCGUUGUAUUCGGCACUUAAAUCUAGUUCAAAUAAUAAUUAUUUACAUCUAUUAUUAUUAUGGCGUAUUACAAGAUUAUUAGUUUGUUGUUUUUUUUUUUCACGCCUGAAUAAAUUUAAUUUCCACGGUAGACCUACUUUUUAGAGUGCCUAUAUAUAAUUAUAAAUCCUUAUACUUGUAUUGAUAAUGCGAACCUUAUAAAUUAUAAUUAACACAUUAUUAUGAUAAUGUAAAAAUAAUAAUCAGUCUAAAUAUUGUAGUUUUCAACGUUGUAUUCUAUUCGGGUCAGUAGACUAAAUUCACGAAAAAAAAAAAAGUCGGACACAUCAUAGUUCGCACCAUGUGUACUGAGGCGAUUGACAUUGUAGGCGGGAAGUUCGGAUGAUAUUAUGUAUGAACGAUGGUGGUGAAAAGGGCGGUACAGUUUAGUUCGUACGCCGAUAGCGACGAUAACAAUCGAAAACCAAAUCUGAGCGAACCCCGGUGUAAACUGAUAUUUAUCGUGUAUACGGUUAAAUCAAUUGUUUUCAAAUAAAAUAUCGCCGGGCGAAAAUCCGCAUCUUUCGAGGUAUUCUUACGGCGUGAUAAAGCCGGGAUGGCGUUUUUAUCGAAAAUCAUAAUUAUUUAAUAUUUAAAUUAAAUCGGAAAAAAAAACACAUGUCUUAUAGUAAAAUAGCUUCUUCGCCUUACGCGUACAUUAUGUCUAAAAAUGUCGAAUCUAAAACUCGCCUAAUAUUAGUUGAAACGAGUCGAGAUUUCGAGAUAACAUUUUUUAUAUUCUGUUUCGUAUUAUGUACACUUAUAUUAACAAACACCUACAUUUUUAGUGCGUCGUUACUAUAAAAGAACAUCGGUUUUUUUUUUUUUUUAAUAAAAUGUAUACAAUUCUCCAAUAGAAGAUUUAUACAUUGUCGCUAAUGUAUCUUGUAAAACUACGUUUGAAAACAUACCGCACGUAAACUAUAUGAUUCGUUGAACGAUUUUUUCUCCUCUUCGAUUGUAUAAAUUAUAAAUACAAAAAAAAAUACAAAUAUAUAAAAAAAACACACCACCAGUUUAUUGAUUUUGUAUUAUUGUCAAUCCUGAUCAGUGGACAAAAAAAAAAAAAAGUAAUAAAUACAAUAAGAAGAAGCGAUAAAAAUGUGCUUUCUCCUUUGUAUACAAUUCCAGCAGCGAGUACCCUGUACAAUAUUAUAAACUGUUUUUAUUUAAAACUUAAGUGAACAUUAGUAUAAUUGCGAAUACAACAGUAUAAAAUAUUAUCAUUAAUCAUCAAUCAUUAUAAAUUAUGACGUCAUCCAAUUUGGUUCGUGAUCAAACAAGGGUAAAACAGGGAUCAAAUAUUUUUUCUUCAAUACCUACAUACAGUAACGUUGGUUCACAUGUUCGGUUUUUUUUUUAAUAUUCGAACAACCGGAAUCCGAUACCCGGAUAGUUGACAAAUCCGAAUGUUCGUUACCUUUCGGAUAUUCAUAUACGAAUAGUAUUUAGAUUUCUGUACUCUCGACGGUUUUUAAAUAUUCAUUUUUAUUGCGACUCGCGAGAUAAAUUCUACGAGACGCUAAAUCUUAGUAUAAUAUUAUAAUAAUAUAUAUUUGAUGAGUUCUUUCGACGGUUUUGCGGAGCUGAUACUCGAUUACAUACGUUUUAUGAAUACUCGGUCAAUAAAGUCGUCUGGACAGUACAGUAGGUACGUGUACGUGUAAAGAAACGUGGAUCGCGGAUAUUCGAAUAGCGGGUAAGGCGGGUGUAGUGGGUAGAGAGGGUAGUAGGCAAGAUAGGUUAUUCGGGCCAAAGAAACGCGCACCGUAAAAACGCUCGUCCGGGCGUCGGGGCGUUUUGAAAAUUAUUUUCGAACGCCUCAGCCCGGUUCGCGGUCAACACGCCGGAAUGUAAAACAUAUUGUGCGCGUACAUUUUAUAAUUUUUUCGGGAUUAUCUCGUCCGGUGCGCGACGAGAAAAAGGUCCGGAUAAAACGGAGAUCGAUGAGAUCGAACGAUGACGCGCGUACCCGACGAUGUGUACCAAUAUCCGAACGUAACGCGUGCAAAUUAUUGUUAGGUAUUUCAGCGUGUCGCGCGCAUUGUCAAGUCGAGUAGGUACAAACAUCAGACAAACGUAUCGUGAACGACGGAUCGUAUUAUUAUUAUUAUUAUUAUUUUUUUAACAUCUAUUUUAGAGAAUUUUCUCCGACCGGGCCGCACUAGAUUUGCAUAUGUUUUUUUUUUUUUUUUGUACGCGAGUUACGCCCGAGCUAUACAUCACUACUACGGUUUUUUUUUUUUUCCGAUAAUUUAUCUACUAUUAACAAACGCUAAACGAUCUGCUGCUCAUAUAUAUAUAGGUUACGUUUUAGUCUGCAUCUCAACUCUCGACGUUCAACUUUUGUUCGCUUUUAUUAUUAUUUUUUUUUUUUUUAAGGAAUCGUGCUAGAAGUUUGACGGGUAAUGUUAAGCGCCGAUGUACACGUAUAUCUGGACAAAGUGGAAGUUUCGAGUUCCUUAUUUCUUACUGUAAAAGAUUCAAAUAUCGUAGACUCGGAUAUUCUUUGUGUUCUUAA